AAGAAUCGGCAACAGCAACAUAAAAUAUUUUUCCUAAGGGAGACGCCGCUUAUCGGUAGCCAUGUCGAACGAUAGUUCACCGGCAUGAACAAUGUUAUCGCCCAUCAAACGAGCACACCAACACCAUCGACGCGUUUCAUCAUCGUUUUAACACGAACUGCGAAGCAUUAGGCCUAGUUACAUAUUAUCCUAAUCAUUUUGUACCAUGUGCUGCUUUCUUCAAACAGCUGUAUUCGAGACAUAUCCACAUAAGAUUGCCAUUUGUCAUGAAAUUAUCCCAGAUUUUUAAAUUGCACGCAAAUUAAAAUUUCGACCGGAAGAGCGUACCCGCUUUAUUAUUUAUUGCUCGAGAAAAAUCGAAUUACAAUUAAAAAAGGGAAUAUUUUUUAUAUGAUACGGACACUAUAUAAUAUUUCGCGUGGAUUAUCUUUGGCGAAAGCGAGCAGGGUUUCCCACGAAUGAGAUGAUUUAUGAGAAUUGCUUCCGCCUAAGAAGAUGAGCGUCGACCCGAACGCCGCCAGCGACAUGGACGUGCCCCCGUCGCAGGACGACCUGCUGAUCAGCGAGAGCCCUUUGGCCGACGAUGCCGCGCCCUCUUUAGAGGUGACGCCCCUUUUAUCGGAGCCGCUGGUGGUGCCCAAGGAGUGGCCGUCCAGCGCCACCUCCGCCCACUCCACCCUCCCGGCCGUCGCCACCACCGAGCUGACGGGCUCCCCCAGCUCCCGCCUCUCCGACAUCAACACCGCCGGCCUCGCGCCCGACGCCAACAUCAACGAGCCCCCGCGGACGCACUCCAUCAUCAGCCACACCCCGCCGUCGCCCAAGGCGCAGGCCCGCCGCUCCCUCCUGCUGCAUGUCCCGCUGCCGUUGGCCGUCAGCCCCGCGGAGGCCGAUCACACGUUUGCGCUUUUAUCCCCGGCUGGCGAGCCGCACGUCCACUUGGACGUGCCCUUCGUGCCGACGGACGGCAAAGAGAAGGAAGAGGAGAAAACCCUGGACGCCAUGCGGCGCGGCUCCGACAGUGAGAAAGGCUGCCGCAAAUACCGGCACGCGCUGCAGAUGCUAUAUCCGUACCGCUGCGACAUCGACGACGACGAAGAAGGACAGCUGUAUAGCCGGCUUGAUCGCGUAGGCUUCUUCAGCUUUAUGCUGUUCUCGUGGAUGACCGGCAUCAUGUGGAAGGCGUAUAAACGCGGGCUGCGCCAGCAGGAUUUGUGGAAGACGUCGCGUUUCGACAGUUGUCAGCGCAAUACUGUCCGAUUGCAGCGUAUUUGGGAUGCGGAAGUGGCCAAGCGCGGCGCCAAGGCUUCCUUCUUCCGGGCCUGCUGGCGUUUCUGCCGGACGCGAUUGAUUGUUGCGGGAUUGGUGUAUUGGCUAUGCUUGACACUCGGAUUUAUUGGCCCGACGCUGUUUGUGCAAAAGAUAAUCGAGCACGCCAACAACAAAGUCUCCAACGAGGACACGGUCCGCACCGGCUUGCUGUUGGUGUUCGGCCUGUUCGUCAGUGAAAUGAGCCGGGCCAUCCUGUUCGUGGGCCUGUGGGGCAUCCAGUACCGCACCUGCGUCCGGCUGCGCGCCGCCUGCCACGGCAUCCUCUACGCCAAGCUCUUCCAGCUGAAGAACCUCCACCAGGCCGGCUCCUCGGGCGACAUGAUCAACCUGGUCAGCGCCGACGUGGGGCGGGUCUUCGAGGCGGUGCGGCAGUCCCUCCUGAUGAUUGGCGGGCCCAUUCUCAUGGUGGGCGGGACCGCCUACUCCGUCUGGCUGCUCGGCUACAUGGCCUUCGUGGGCGCCGCCGUCCUCAUCCUCUUCUACCCCAUCCAGACAGCGCUGUCGCGGAUUUUGGCGCGUCUCCGCCGUCGGAGCAUCCAGGAUACGGACGCCCGGAUUCACUUGAUGACGGAGAUGAUCAACAGCAUCCGGCUGAUCAAGAUGUACGCCUGGGAGGAGUCCUUCUUGGAGAAGGUCAACCGCAUGCGCGAGGAGGAGCGCCGGCACCUGGCCAUGACCGGCUGGACGCAGAGCAUGAACCUGUCGCUGACGCCGCUGGUCCCCGUCAUCGCCGCCGUCAUCACCUUCCUCAGUCAUCUGGCCGUCGGCGGCGAACUGCAGCCGACACAGGCGUUUACGUUGUUGACCAUUUACUAUUCCACCCGGAGCGCGUAUUACGGGAUGCCAUUUGCGUUGCGCGCGUAUGCCGACUGCAAACCGGCGUGCGAACGGAUCAAGGCCUUCAACUUGUUGAUUGUAUACUACAUUCUCGGUGCCGGCGGCAUCCGCACCAUCGUCUUAUCUUUUAUGCCGUUAAUUAGCAUGCGCCUUGCAUGCGAGCGCAUUCAGAAAUUCCUGACGGUGAAGCCGGUGGAGACGCUCUUCCUCCCUACCUAUUCCCCCUCAACAGCGCUCAAAUUGAACGCGGUGACCUUUAGCUGGGCACCGCCGCAUCGGCCCACUGAGGGUCCCCAAGACGCGACGGAAAAGACGAAGCUGCCCACCGCGCCAUCAGCCGCGUCCCUGCACUCGGCCCUGAUCAACAACAUCUCCAUGGAGGUGGACACCGGCAGUCUGGUGGGGCUGUGCGGCCGGGUGGGCAGCGGCAAGAGCACGCUCUUCCACGGAUUAUUAGGCCAGAUCUACGCUAGCGGAGGCGAGCUGGCCGUCCGCGGCCGGCUGGCCUACGUGCCGCAGCAGGCCUGGUUGGUCAACGACACGGUGCGCGAGAACAUCUGCUUCGGCGAGCCCUACGAGUACAAGCGCUACAAUGAAGUGGUGCAAGUCUGCAGUCUUACUUACGAUUUUGCCAUCCUGCCGGACGGCGACCAGACGAUUGUGGGAGAGCGCGGCGCCAUGCUGAGCGGCGGUCAGCGGCAGCGCGUGAACCUGGCACGCGCCGUGUACAGCAACCGCGACAUCUAUUUACUGGAUGAUCCUUUAAGCGCCGUGGACGCCAGCGUGGGCGCGUCCAUCUUCCAGCGCUGCAUCCUGGGAUACCUGCGCGGCAACGGCAAGACCGUCCUCCUCAUCAGCGGCCUCGUGCAGUACCUGGAACGCUGCGACACCAUCCUGGUCUUCCGCGCCGGGACCAUCGUGCAGAGCGGCAGCCACGCCCGUCUCAAGUACACCCCGGGAGAGUACCGCGAUCUGAUCAGUGCCGUGGAGAAGGACAAGGUGGCGCUGAUGGAGUCGGCGGCGCCGGUAGCUAGAGAGAAGGAGAAGGCCGCAUCGAUUCAGCCGACCCUCAACGUCACCGAGUCCAAGUUGGUGACGGUCAGUCCCAGUGACGCCGAGGAGAGCGGGAAGCAGGCGGUGACGAUGAAGACGUACGCGCGGUAUAUCAGGUCGACGGGCGGGUGGCUGGUGUUCAGCGGGGUCAUGCUGCUCUUUGCCAUCAACAUGGGGUUGAACACGUUCUCCAGUUGGUGGUUGAGCUACUGGCUCAGCCAUGGAGCGGAUCUGCGGAAUGUGACGUUGGCGGAUAAUUCCACGGUGGUCGUUCCGUACGUCCGGCUGCACCGCGACACAGCGCUCUAUCCCGGCAUAUAUGUGGGCGUGGUAGUCCUCGUCAUUGUCAUUAGUAUCAUCCGUUCCUACAUAUUUAUGCAGGUGUCACUGAGCGGCGCCAUGCGUCUCCACCAGCAGAUGCUGAGCGCCCUAAUGGGCGCCACCAUGCGCUUCUACGACACCACCCCGGCCGGCCGCAUCCUGACCCGGCUCUCGAAGGACAUUGAUGAAGUUGAUUCGCAGAUUCCCUUCGUGGCGGAGAUCUUCCUGCAGAACGGCUUCUACUGCUUCUUCGCCAUCCUCAACAUCGCCAUCGUCUUCCCCUGGCUGAUCAUCGCCAUCGUCGCCCUGUUGGGCUUCCUCAUCGUCAUCGUGCGCUGCUUCCGCAGCGGCGUCCGCGACUUCAAGCGCAUCGACAACGGCACCACCUCGCCCAUCCUCAGCCUGGCCGCCUCCACGGUGGAGGGCCUGUCCACCAUCCAGGCCUACGGGCGCGCCCAUGACCUAAUGCAGCGCUUCGACAACCUGGUGGAUAUCAACACAUUUCCAGUGUUCUGCUUCCAUUGCGCUAUUCGGUGGUUGGGUGUGCGGUUGGACUUUAUGACCAUCGCCUUCACAAUCCUUAUCGCCCUGCUGGUGGUUCUCCUGCCGGAGCAGAUCAACUCGGCACAGGCCGGCCUGACGCUGUCCUUCGCCAUCCAGAUGAGCGGUAUGUUCCAGUACACCGUGCGACUGGCGCUGGAGACCGAAGGCCGCUUCACCGCCGUUGCUCGGAUUGCCGAGUACAUCGACGAUGUGCCGCAGGAGCCCAGGGUUAAGGAGCCCUUCCUUAGUCCCGCCUGGCCGCCCAAGGGCCGGAUCGCUAUGGACGACGUUGUGCUGCGGUACGACCAGUCGCUCAAACCGGCACUGCGGGGUAUCUCCUUCGUGGCGGAACCGGCCGAACGGAUCGGGAUUGUCGGUCGCACUGGAUCAGGAAAGUCGUCGAUCGCGGCGGCGCUGUUCCGACUCGUUGACCUGGAGCACGGCCACAUCCUGAUCGACGGUUACGACAUCCGCGGCCUGUCGCCGCGCACCCUCCGCAGCCGGCUGUCCAUCAUCCCGCAGGACCCGGUGCUGUUCGCCGGCAGUCUGCGCUACAACCUGGACCCCUUCGACCAGUACGCCGACGAGGAGAUCUGGGUGGCCCUCAACAAGGUCAACCUCCGCGAGACCGUCCGGGAUCUCGAGGGCCAGCUGGAGUACACGGUGACGCAGAACGGCGCCAACUUCUCGGUGGGGGAACGGCAGCUGCUGUGCAUGGCGCGGGCUUUGCUGCGGCGCAGCAAGAUCCUCUUCAUGGACGAGGCCACCGCCUCCAUCGACUCGCGGACGGAUAGCCUUCUCCAGGACACCAUCCGCACCGCGUUUGAAGGCUGCACCAUGCUCACCGUAGCGCACCGGCUCAACACGGUCAUCAACUACGACAAGAUCCUGGUGGUCAGCGAUGGCCGGGUCAUUGAGUUCGACACGCCCGUUAAGUUGUUGGCGGAUAAUACUUCCGUCUUUGCCCGGAUGGUGGACGCCAGUCUGGCCGCAGCCGGACACUGAUAUCGAACUGAGACGCUUCUGUGAUUUUUUUGUACUGUGACGUUUUGCUACUGCGGUUUAGUUUUUUCACUUAUCGUCGUUGCAACUAGUAAGUGCUGUCUGAUUUCUUUUUCUGUCUUUUCUUCUGUUACCACUUUCAUUCGCAGAAUAUUAAAUUUGAAAAAAAGGUCACAACUUGAUCGUAUGAUAUAUUUUU